AUGGACAAGGUGAGUGGGAACAAUGCGACUGUGGUGAACGCCUCCAUUGACAAGUGGUCAUUCAAUGAGCUCUCUUUCCAACACCUGGACGCCAGAGAGUUGAGAGUCCUGGUUCCAGCUAUUCUGGGAGUAAUCUGUGUCUUGGGUGUGGCUUGUAACCUAACUGCCAUGGUCAUCCUAUUCUCCAAUGCUCACCGAGGUAAACUUUCUCUCAUAAACUCCCUUAUCUUCAACAUGAUGUUCGCUGACGGACUGGUGCUGGCAUUUUCGAUGCCUUUCAGGGCUGCUUCCUUCUCCAAGGCUAGCUGGGAUCUGGGUUGGGUGGUCUGCAAGACAGCAGACUGGUUUCUCCAGUCGUGCAUGGCGGCGAAGAGCUUCACAGUGGCUGUGAUGGCCAAAGCGUGCUACCGCUAUGUAUCAAACCCAACACAGCAGGUGAGCAUCCACCUGGGCUCCAUCCUGGUGGUAUUUUUCUUCAUCUGGUUGUCUGCCUGUUCCGUCACCAUCCCUCACUGGCUGUUUGCUACGCUGCAGAGACGGAUCCGGGGACUGGUGUGUGUGCUUGCAGUUCCUCCUGAAGCCCAGAAUUUUAUGUCUGUGUACGUUAAAGCAUACCCUCUAGUGGUCUACUGUGCACCUCUCAGUUUUGCCCUGAUUUAUUUUUGGAAGGCUUAUGGUCAGGGCCAGCGUCGCUCCAGUAAGACUCAGAAUUUGCGCACACAGAUCAGGGCAAGGAAGCUCACCUUGAUGCUGUUCAGCCUGACUGUGGCCAUGGCUAUUCUCUGGCUUCCACAGUGGGUGGUGUGGCUUUGGGAGCGUCAUAUUGCAGAGAGGGAUAUUGAAAGCGCCAAGCCAUUAGCAUCCUCUCUUCCCCUCCUUCUGACACUCUCUGCUCAGCUGCUCACCUUCUCUUUAUCCUUGGUGAACCCUCUCAUUGUGCUGUCCCUGUCAGAAGAGUUCAGAGAGGGCUACAAGGGACUAUGGAGACGCCUUACCCUGCGCAAACAACUUCCUCCAAAGCACAAAGCUGGACCUCACAUGCCUACAGCUCCUCAGUCCCCUUGUCCCAGACCAGAGACUUCUGUCCAGCUAAGAGGGGAGAACAGCUUUGGAUCAAGCUCGAGCCAGGGUCAAAGCAGACAGGCUAAGCCCCAGACAGAGCAAGAAGGAGGAAGGGAAAUAGACAUGGUGAGCCUAAAAGAUGGUAUUGUCUUGCCUGAUUUGGAGCAUUUCUGGCACGAGAGGGAGACUGGAUCACUCACAGAAGAAAAUGAUCCUGUGCCGUGGGAGCACCAAAACAACGAUGGGAAAAAAUAACAACUACCCCCCUCCAGCUUAUCUUCAUCAUCUUCAAAAGUCCUCAGAUGGAAGCAGCUUCAUCAACAUACCUGAGCGCUGGACAUCCAGCACAUCAUUUGUAUUCUGUCAACUGUGUUUAUGAUAUUACUCAGAGGUAAGAAGUGCAAUCAUUUUGGAGUACAAUACCACAGUAUCGUCUGCAUAUUGAUUAACUUUGUAUUAUAGUGUUUGUUGAU